GAAAGAAUGGCUCGGCUGUCGGUUGAUUACUGCAGCUGUUUUCCUGGUUCGUGACAAAGGACCGAGACAAGACAACGAUUGAGAUCGCUUCAGGUCAGCUUUCCUUAUGUCCUUGACAACGGUGGAACGGUUGGUGAAACGGUUGUUUGCUUAUUGCUUUGUUACCCAUUGGCCUUUUUCUUCUUCUUCUUCUUUCUCUCCAGCCGGUAGGAGAAUAUCUUUUCACAAUACCCAUCUCCCUAUCUUACCGCUCAUUAGAUCGAUUGUUUUCAUUUUCCUUUGUAUGGUUCAAGGUAACCAGGUUGCAUUUGAGGAUCGAGGGAUGCACAUGAAAGAGGUUGAGGCAUUCGGCGCAUUGGGGUUACCUUUUUCUAGAUACUCACUCUACCUGCUAUGGAUAAAGGCAAUAAAAUCCAGGUAGAACCAGGCAUGAAAAUCGUGAACCUGAUCAAUCUGAAUGAAAAAUG